UUUCUCACAGUGUCCUUUUUGGCAAUCAUAAUUCAUUAGCUAUCGUUAUUAUGUCAGACAUUCGAUGACAUGUAAAAAUUUAGGUGCUCUCGUAAAUUUGAAGUCUAUUAUCAGUAUUAUCCCAAAUCAUCGAUCUCUGGUCGUUCCUGUUUGUUUCAAAAUGAGUACGAAUGAAGUUCACGGCGUUUGUGAUAGCGACACAUGGAUAUUUGGAUACGGAUCGCUGGUUUGGAAAGCAGACUUUCCUUAUGAAGAGAUGCGGACAGGGUUCAUAAAGGGAUAUCAGAGAAGAUUUUACCAAAACAGCAUAGAUCAUAGAGGCACACAUGAAAAGCCUGGUCGUGUGGUCACGCUUGUACAAUCGAAAAACCCUGACUCAAAGGUCUGGGGAAUGGGGUACAGAAUUGCUGAAAGUAAGAAAAUUGACGUCUUGAAUCAUCUAGAUCACCGAGAAAAAAAUGGCUAUGAACGACACAAGGUUGAGUUCUAUCCCUAUCCUGAGAGUGAAACACAGAUCAACGAACCAAAAACUAUACUGAUCUAUUUAGCUACGCAGGAUAACCCGUCUUUUGCUGGGCACAACGAUAGUUUAGAACAAAUUGCUAACCAAAUACAAGGCGCAGCAGGUGAAAGUGGGAAGAACAUUGAAUAUGUAUAUAAGUUAGCAGAUGCAAUGAGGCAACUUUAUCCUGGUGUGGAUGACGAUCAUCUGUUUGAAUUGGAACGAAUUCUCAAGGCGCACGAUCCUGGUUUUUGUGAUAGCCGAUCACAGCUUAGCAAAGAAGGGUAAUAUGUUAUGCUGUUAGAGUUUACGCAUUUGUUUAUGUAGCCAAAACGUGCGGUUUUAGUGACUCAUAAAAAUAAAAAUAAAUGUAAGCCAUGCACUAUAAUGCUUUACAUACCUAAA